UAUACGAUUUGUUGUAUUAAAAAUUAAAAAUCAAAAAUAAAAAACUCUGCCUCUCCAAUUUCUUUGUUGAUCGCAACAUCCAGAUCUGAUGGAAAAAUUUGUGCAAGUGGGCAGGACGAUUAAAGUGAAGAAGGUAAGAAACAAUGUUCAUAUUCCCGAUGAUCUUGCUUUCUCUAUUCUAUCAAAACUACCUCUCAAAUCUUGUAAGCGCUUUAGAUGUGUACGCAAAUCAUGGUCACUCUUGUUUAAAAAUCCAAAUUUCAUGAACGAGUUUCGCAACAAUUUAUUGUGUAAUAACAACAGAUCUAGAUCUGAUUAUAGUGAUAUUUUUCUCCUUCUAUCUGAAGGGGGCCAUGAUGCAUUGUAUUUGCUCCCCAAUGAGAAGUUUGACGAUAGGAUCAAAUUAGAUUUGCCACCUCCAUUUGAAGGGGAUGACUCUAACAUUUAUAUUUUCAAUUCAGUUAGUGUUAAUGGUAUUCUGUGUCUCGGACAAAAUAGGAUGAUGAGAUUCAGAUGUGUAUUAUGGAACCCAGCCACUCAUGAAUUCAUCUUGAUUCCUCCCAGUCCCGAUGAUGAGUCAGUACCACCUUAUCAUAAUCGUGACUGCGAGUUUCGUGGAUUUGGUUAUGAUCCUGUUAGAGAUGACUACAAGGUGAUUCGAUAUGUAAAAUUUGAUUAUGAAUUUGACAUAAAUGUACCAGAGGAAGAUAGAUGGCAUGAACCCAUGUUGGAGAUAUAUAGUCUUAGGAGUAACUCUUGGAGGAUAAUUCAUGCUAAUAUGAAUGAUUAUUAUUUUGACAAACACGACGAAGAAGUGUACUUGAAUGGAAUGUGUCAUUGGUGGGCAGAUAUUCCAUUGGAGGGCAGACGUAGCGGACAAGAUAACAGGAAAGGCUAUUUGCUGUCAUUUGAUUUUACUGAUGAGGUGUUUUACGAAACGCCUAUGAUGUUAGACUGGGGAGAUGCUGUUGGUGUUGGUGUUGUACCUAUGGUGUUAAAUGACUCUGUUGGUGUUAUCUCAUUUUGCUACGACACUACUGUUUUUCACAUUUCAAUUUUGGGUGAAUUGGGGGAAGAAAAAUCAUGGUUCAAACUUUGUAUUAUUAGGCUUAUACCUUCCAUUCUGUAUCCCAUUGGAGUUUGGAAAAACGGCCAUAUUUAUUUCCGAAAACAAAACAAUGAACCAGUCUGGAUUAAUUUAAGCACCCGAAUGAUCAAUGAGAUUGGUAUUAAACGUGAAAAUUAUGGUUAUCCUCUGAUUGGAAUUUACAAAGAAAACCUUCUUGCAAGGAUCAGAGGAAUUCAUAGUUAGUUUUCUAAUUAUUAGGAUUUCUACAUGUAUGCAAAGUGCCCUGUCAAAUGCACAUAUAACAAUUACGGUUAAUUAUGCGCAAAUUAAUAA